AUGCGCCGCGGCCUCCUAAUCUUCCUCCUGGUCAACCUAGCCAUCGUCCUCUUCCUAGUGCACCAGGUCUGGAGUCUCCUGACACUCCUUGUAGUCGACGGAGCCGAAGAUGCGAUAGCGAAGGCCGAAUUGCCUGCCGUCGGAUCACCGCGGAAGGAUGGGAAACCACGGUUGAUCCCUAAGAUCAUACACCAGACGUACAAGAACGAGUCAAUACCUCCAGUAUGGCAGGAGGCGCAAGCCAGCUGUAUCGAUCUACACCCGGAGAGUGAAGGAUGGGAGUACAAGAUGUGGACGGAUGCGAUGUCUGCUGAGUUCAUCGAGGCGGAAUAUCCCUGGUUCUACGAUACAUUCAAGGGGUAUCGAUAUCCGAUUCAACGAGCAGAUGCGAUAAGGUACUUUGUCUUGUCGCAUUAUGGAGGAGUCUAUAUCGAUCUGGAUGACGGCUGUAACCGAUCGCUCGAUCCGCUGCUCGUCUACCCAGCUUUUGUGCGCCGGACGCUACCUACAGGUAUCAGCAACGAUGUGAUGGGCUCCACGCCUCGGCAUCCAUUCUUCUUGAAGACUAUUGAGGUCAUACAGAAGUAUGACCGGAGCUGGAUCCUGCCAUACAUCACUGUCAUGGGCAGCACGGGACCUUUGUUCCUCAGCGUGCUCUGGGUGCAUUGGUUGAGAGGCGGAAUGAACGUGGGAGAUGGUGCAGAAGGCGGGAGAAUGCGUUUGAUCUUCCCGGAUGAGUAUAAUGGGCAUGAAUGGAGCUUCUUUACACAUCAUCUGGGCAAUAGCUGGCACGGCUAUGAUGUGCAACUCAUCUUCUGGAUGUCUCGCAAUUGGAUCCUCGUCACGAUUGUGGGGUUUGCUAUAGGCAUUACAGUCAUCACACUUGGGUAUCUGGCGUACCGACGGUUUGCAUCGGGAUCGACGGACGCAUCGAAAUGGAACAAGCCAACAUAUGGGCAUAGACUGCCGUUCUGGAAGCGGUUCACGAGCUCCAGGCAAGAUUAUGAGCUUGUAGAGCGGCAUGAAGUGUAA